AUGCCCGACGUAAAAAAGGUGUCCUCGCUAAAAGGACAUACAGAACGAGCCACGGAUGUUGCAUUCUCCCCCAUCAACCACCAAUUGGCGAUUGCCUCAGCCGACCGGACUGCAAGACUAUGGAAUCACGAUGGGUCGGCCCUCCGAACGUUCGAGGGCCACUUGGACCGUCUCGCCCGCAUUGCCUUCCACCCAUCCGGAAAAUACUUAGGCACGGCUAGCUUUGACAAGACUUGGAGAUUAUGGGAUGUGGAUACUGCGGCUCCAUGUGGGCUCGAUUCUCUUGCUCGUGUGUGGGACCUUAGGUCCGGGAAAAGUAUUCUCGCUUUUGAAGGGCAUGUGAAGCCGGCUCUAGCUGUCAAAUUUGAGCCUCAGGAGGGCUACUUUCUGGUUACGGCUUCGUAUGAUAUGACUGCUAAGAUCUGGUCUUCUAGGGAUUUUAAGCCUGUGAAGACACUGUCCGAUCAUGAAUCAAAAGUUACAUCAUUGGAUAUCGUCGGAGAUGGACAGUGCAUUGCGACUGUUUCUCAUGACCGAACGAUCAAGCUAUGGUCGGCUAGAGAAUCUGAGAAAGAGAAGGAUAUGGAAUUCGACUAG